GAAUCAACUUGUUAUCAUGAAUUCCUUCGUCUCAACUGUCCUUCUCCUCUCUGUUACAAUUGCUUUGGUGUCUGGAUAUCCAUCCCAACUCCAAACAACUUGUGUCACAAAAGCUAAAAGUUGCACCAUGUUCUUUUUAAAUGGAGUAUAUUGCACCGAGUGCACGUAUUCUGGAACUCUUGAACUGAAAAUUGGCUCAACAUGUACUUUUUCCAUUUACGAGAAAAAAGUGGCGAGCCAGCCAAAUGAAAAUUCACAAAAUGAAGUAGCUCAAUGCAAACAGUCAUCAUGCUACUCAAAUCAAUAUGUACCAGUUGACUGUGCGGCUGCUUUUGGAAAUGAAUAUAUCACUUACAUUGAAAAUCAGUAGAACUUGAGAUUAAUGAAAUAUAUAUUUUUGUUGGACUUCUGAUCUGUGAGCUUUCAACGUUUUCAAACUGAUAAUAAAAGAAAGAAAAGC